AACUGCAAGCCUCCAAGCAACAACUUUCACAGCAGUUCAAGACAUGAACGGGAACUUGUCCUUCACACCUAUCGUCGCACUCGCUCCUCUCUGCUCACUGCUUCUCCCUUCUUUCUUUCUUACGUUUUCUUCACAUGGCCUCUUCCUGCGCUGCCUGAUACUUUAAUCUCUUUAUCACUUGUCCUUUGAUCAUAUCUCACUCGCUCAUCCCUCGAACCAUUAGUCAUGUCCGCGCUCUAUAACCAGGACUUUGGCUCCGGCACCGAAUCCGAUGAUGACGACUUCAAUCCUGCUCCCCCAGUUGAGUCGGACAAUGAGGAUGCCGGAAACGGGUCGGAUGACCAGUCGAGGUCAGCACGGGAACCAUCAAAAGUGGAUGACGACGACGAGGAUGUUGCGGCACCCAGGCCAUCCAGAUUUAGUAAAUCCGCCUCUCCAGUAGUACGGGAGGCGGAUGACGAAGACGAGGAACGCGAGGAGCGCGACACCAAGGAUGUAGAUGAGGACGAUGAAGACCGUGGCGGAGACGCGGCCGAAGGAGACGACGAUGAAGAAGACGAUGACGAGGAUGGUGAUGAGGAGGAUGAUGUCGUAGCAGGCCGACCUAGGAAACGAAGGAGGCGAGAUCCACGCCUACAAUUCAUCGACGAAGAGGCGGAAGUCGACGAUGAGGAAGACGAAGAUGAGAUCGAGGAAGACGAUAUUGGAGACGAACCUCAUCCGGAUGAUAACCUCGAGCUCAACUUAGGAGGCGUCGACGAUGACCGCCACCACCGACAAUUGGACCGACAACGCGAUCUCAUGGCGAGCUUGGACGCGGAAAAACAAGCCGAGGAAUGGCGACAGAAAUACGGAAAGCAGAGUCGCAUGGCGAUGGAUGAUGUCGUCGUUCCGCAACGUCUUUUACUCCCGACCGUGGACGAUCCGUCGAUAUGGGCCGUCCGGUGCAGAGAAGGCAAAGAGAAAGAGGUGGUCCUAUCGGUCAUGAGGCGAUGGGACAGCCGACUCAAUACCCGGGAACCGAUUCCUCUGAUCUCGGCCUUUUCGCGUGGGGACCUGAUGGCGGGCCACAUCUACAUCGAAGCGAGACGGCAAGACGAUGUAUUCUUGGCAACCGACGGUCUCCAAGACUGCUACCCGCGAUCGAAAUGCAUGCUAAUCCCGAUCAACGAGAUGCCCGGUCUGCUUCGAGUGCAGAAGUCAAAGUCCUUGGAGCCUGGAAUGUACGUGCGAAUCAAACGAGGCCUCUACGCUGGCGAUUUAGCCCAGGUGGAAGAGGUCGAGACGAAUGGGCUGGAAGUGCAACUCCGUCUCAUUCCUCGCCUCAACUAUGGUAUCACCGAGGAUCCCAACGCCCCGGCAGGCGACGCGAAGCGCAAGCGAUUCGGUGUCAAGAAAGGUCCGACCGCAGCAUCCAGGCCGCCUCAACGCCUGUUCAGCGAACACGAAGCUCGCAAGAAAAACGCGAAAUACUUGGGAGCUGCCAAGGGUCUGCAACGGAAUGCCAUCUCCUACAUGAACGACACGUACAUCGACGGAUUUUUGCUCAAGGACUUCAAACUGCAGCAUAUCCAGACCGAAAACGUCAAUCCCACGUUGGAGGAAGUCACCAAGUUCGCCGCGGGAGCCGAGGACGGUACCGAAAACCUCGAUCUCCAAGCCAUUGCAGCCACCUUGAAAGCCACGCAGGAUGCAUCGAGCUACGCUUCGGGUGAUAUCGUGGAAAUCUAUCAAGGCGAGCAAUCCGGUCUCGUGGGCAAGGUCGCAACCGUGCACGGGGACAUCGUCAGUCUGGACAUUAUGGAAGGCGGAAAACCUGGCAUGAGAAUCGAUGCGCCGGUCAAGGACCUACGGAAGAAAUUUGUUGAGGGCGAUCAUGUCAAGGUCAUCGGUGGAAGCAAAUACCACGAUGAAGCAGGAAUGGUUGUUCGAAUCAUCAAGGACCGGGUGACGCUGCUCACGGACUCGAACAGUCAGGAGAUUACAGUCUUCAGCAAGGAUCUUCGCAAAGCAGCAGAUUCCGGCGUCUCAACCGUGUCGUCCAAGUACGAUCUGUAUGACUUGGUGCAGCUUGAUGCCACCACGGUCGCCUGCGUUAUCAAAGCCGAUCGUGAAUCGAUCCGUGUCCUCGACCAAAAUGGUUCCGUUCGCACGCUGCUGCCUUCAAGCAUCUCGAACAAGAUUGAUCGACGUCGGAAUGCUGUCGCUACCGACCGAGAAGGGUCCGAAAUCCGAACCGACGAUACCGUGAAGGAGUAUAGCGGCGAGCAAAAGCAGGGAUCGGUCCUGCACAUCCAUCGGAACAACCUCUUCUGCCAGAAUCGAACGCAGGCCGAAAAUGCAGGUGUGUUUGUCGUUCGCAGCCUGAACGUCACCACGGUUGCCGCCAAGGGAGGGCGGGUUAAUGCCGGUCCUGACCUGUCGAAGAUGAACCCUGCCCUUCAACGAAACGGAAGCCCAAAUGGCGCGCCAAUGAUGCCGCCGCCGAGGACCAUGGGUCGCGAUCGGAUGAUCGGUCAGACGGUCUCCAUUCGAAAAGGCCCUCACAAAGGCCUACUCGGCAUCGUCAAGGACGCAACCGAUACGAUGGCCCGGGUUGAACUACACACCAAGAGCAAAACCGUCUCCGUUAGCAAAGACAUGCUCUUGAUUCGAGACUCUGAGAGCGGCAAGGCACUGCCACGAGCAGGUGCUGGCGGGUUCGGCAGGACCCCUAUCAGGUAUGGCAACACUCCGUCUCGUGUGCCAGACGGAGCUUGGUCGGGAAGCCGAACUCCCGCGGGUGCUGGCGGUGGCCAAACACCUGCUUGGGGUAUGAGGAGCGCUGGAGAUAUACCAGCAUGGAAGAGGCAUGAUGGCGGAAUGACACCGUCCCCGUGGAACUCUUCUUCGCGAACACCGGCUUAUUCCCGUGAUGAUGGUGGAAGGACGGCCUAUGCUCGGGAGGAUGGGGGCAGGACGGCUUACGCCCGGGAUGAUGGCGGCAGGACGGCGUAUGGUGGCAGCGGUGGCAGCGGCGGAAGUUGGGGUGCCUCUUCCCGUACACCCCACGGCGCCCACGGCUUCUCCUCCAGCAAUACCUGGAACGAUGGCUCUCGCACCCCAGCCUACAAUUCCGGCUCCCGUACCCCAGCUCCUCAUCAUGCUUCCACCCCCGGCGUCACCGCUCCGACCCCUGGUGAUAGCGCCCCGACCCCCGGUGAUGGUAUUGGCUACACUCCUGCUAUAUCCGCUCCAACUCCCGGCGACCACUAUAACGACCGAUAUGGCGCGCCGACUCCCAGUGACCGGUACAGCGCCGCGACGCCUGCCGAUCAUUUCAACGCGCCCACGCCUGCUGCCCCGGCCGACCAUCCGACUCCGAGGUAUGGACAGACACCUGCGGUCGGUGCGCCGACGCCCGGGGCUUACGCGGCGCCCACUCCCGGAGCGUAUGGAGCGCCCACGCCAGGAGUAUUUGCAGCGGAGACACCGGGUGGCUGGGGAGGGGCGGGAAGUCCCGACGAUGACCCCAGAUAUGAGUAAUUUGCGGACUGGUUAGGGAAACGCGCUCGUCGGCGCUUCAACGGGAUGGGAUAAUUGGGAUGCCUUGAAACUUUGAAAGGAUGGGGCACGGGCUCGAAAAGGCUCAUUAUACAUUAGGACAAUGGAGAAAGUCUAGACUAGCCCGUCCUUGGUGCAAUGGAUCCGUGAUUGUUGAACUGAUUCCCGCCAGCGAAUCUUCCUAAUUGUGGUUUAUAUGCACAUGAGUUCAUAGUUUGCUUAUUUUAACCUGAUGAAACCUAACCAGUAACCAGUC